GGAGACCCGCCGCUUCCACAUCGCACGCACGCCUUGCUUUCCCACACAUUCCACGCCAGAAAAGUCGUCGUCUGCGGUAUCCAGCUGCGCAUCCAUUGCGGCCCCCUCCCCUCGACGCCGCCACCAUAUCGUCCCAAUCGCCUCUCGCCGCGCCCUCCUCUGAUCGCGCUGCCUUCCCACCCAAGAGCGCCCUCCAAGCACCCACGCCUCCGGUUAGAGGGGGGACAACCACCGCCGACGCCGCCUCCUACGAGCUCGACGACAUUGGCCGUGCCGCCCGCGACAGACGCAUCCAGGACAAAAGGGACACGAAACGGCGCUGGCUCGACGAGCAGGACGAGAUGAAGUUCUCCCACAGCAUCCAGUUCAAUGCGGUGCCCGACUGGAGCAGUCACUACAUUGCCUACAGCAACCUCAAGAAGCUCAUCUACCACCUCGAAAAGUCCGUCCACCAGUCCGGGCCCUCCGACGUCGAGACCCGCCCCCUCCUCACCAAUGAGGACCCCGAAACCGUCUUCAGCCGCGCCCUAGACGUCGAGCUCGAGAAAAUCUCGUCCUUCUACACCGUCAAGGAGAAGGAGCUCUUUGACGAGGUCGACGAGCUACUUCGCGACAUCGAGAAUGUUGCUAGUGACGAAGAUGGCGACGCGUUCGCCGCCGGGCGGCCACCUAUGCACCACACCACGAGCGAGCAGAUCGGCCAUCACCGCGGGCCGCGCAGCUCCCACAGCGGCCCCAGCGUGCGGUCUACCGAGGACGGCAUCGAGGACAGCGACGAGGACGACGAGGACGCUGACGAGACGGCGGCCCUCACCAAGAAGCGCCGCUCAAUCAGUGGCAGUGCUGGCGGCAUGGCCCGGCGUCGCACCGUGCCUAACCUCAUGCUCAACUCGACCGACCUGACCGCCUCGAUGACGGAGAACACUAAGUCGCGACGCUACAGUACCACCUUUGACGAUUACGCAGAGACGGCGCAGCUCUACUCAGACACCAUCAUGCUCAAGAAGCGCAUCAUCAGCCUCUACGUCCAGCUGUGCGAGCUCAAAUCGUACAUCCAGCUCAACAAGACAGGCUUCAGCAAGGUGCUCAAGAAGUUUGACAAGAUUGUUGACAGGGAGCUGCGGGCUAAGUACAUCGCCAACCACGUCCAAUCGGCAUACCCCUUCCUGGAUGACCGCAUUCCUGAGCUGGACGACCGCAUCCAACAGAUGGUGGACGCCUACGCGGAAUAUGUGACGCAGGGCGACGUCCAGGCCGCCAAGAAAGAUCUCCGCUCCCAUCUCCGGGAGCACGUCGUCUGGGAACGCAACACGGUCUGGCGCGAUCUGAUUGGUAUUGAGCGACGUGCCGAGGCAGCCACACUCGGAUCUGCUCUACUUGGCGGGCGGGUAGACGGUUCCAAGCUGAGGCUGCAGGGAGAUGAGGCCCCCAAGACGCCCAUGAGGGAGAUCGAAACGCCUGUCGGUCGGCUCACGUGCCCUACAUGGCUGUUCGGCACCACCACAUUCACUCUGAUCGGCAUCAUCGCCAUUUUCGUUGCCCUACUGUUGGCUCCCAUCAUGGAGAAGCCAGAGCAGCAGAAUUGCCUGGCCAUGCUCGUGUUUGUGAGCCUGCUGUGGGCUACCGAGGCGAUACCACUCUUCGUUACUUCUCUGUUGAUUCCCUUUUUGUGUGUCCUGCUCAACGUCGUGCGGGCGGACGAUAAGCCCUACAAGCGGCUCAACUCAAAGGAAGCCACGGCCUACGUGUUCGCGGCGAUGUGGACUCCAGUCAUUAUGCUGCUGCUUGGUGGUUUCUCGGUCGCUGCGGCCCUUUCCAAGUGCACCAUUGACAAGAGAAUUGCCACUUUUGUCCUGAGCAAGGCCGGCACUCGCCCAAGCACCGUCAUCAUCGCCAACAUGUUUGUUGCUGCUUUCGCCAGUAUGCUUGUCAGCAAUGUCGCUGCUCCUGUGCUGUGCUUCUCAAUCAUUGAGCCCAUGCUCCGCAACCUUCCCACGGGUUCCAACAUGUCGAAAGCUGUCAUCAUGGGCAUCGCGCUUGCGUCUAACGUCGGAGGCAUGCUUUCUCCAAUCGCUUCCCCCCAGAACGUCGUUGCCUUGGGCAUCAUGGAGCCCCCGCCGACCUGGGGCGAAUGGUUUUUCAUCGUCAUCCCCGUGGGCAUUGUCUCCCUCGUACUGAUCUGGGUGCUCCUCCUCCUCACCUUCCAGCCCGGCAAAGGCACAACUAUUGUCCCGAUCCGAACUGUUCGAGAGCGCUUUACUGGUGUGCAAUGGUUUGUGUCGAUUGUCUGCAUCAGCACGAUUGCACUCUGGUGUGCAAGCCACCAGCUCGAGUCCACCUUUGGCGACAUGGGCGUGAUUGCCAUCCUGCCCAUCGUCAUCUUCUUUGGUAUUGGCAUCCUCACCAAGGAGGACUUCAACAACUUCCCCUGGACAAUCAUCAUCCUCGCGGCUGGUGGCUUGUCCCUAGGCAAGGCUGUCAAAUCGUCCGGGCUGCUGCACACUAUUGCCGAGGAGAUCUCCAAGGAAGUGGACGGCAUGGAUCUCUACGGCGUGCUGCUCAUCUUUUCGGGUCUGACCCUGGUCGUUGCCACUUUCAUCAGCCACACUGUGGCCGCCCUCAUCAUCCUCCCCCUGGUUGCCGACAUUGGUCGCAACAUGGACGAGCCACACCCGAACCUGCUCAUCAUGGCCGCCACCCUCAUGUGCAGCGCCGCGAUGGGUCUGCCCACCAGUGGCUUCCCCAACAUGACGGCCAUUAUGAAGGAGGACUCGACGGGCCAGCGCUACCUCCAGGUCAAGCACUUCAUUAGUCGUGGCGUGCCUGCUAGUGUGCUCACGCUGGCUGUCGUUGUCACUCUUGGAUACGGCGCUAUGCGGGUGAUCGGGAUGUAAAGCGCGGGCGUAUGUCUGCCCCUGUAGCUGUCUUUUGUGUAGUUCUCUUGGUUGCUCGAAGUCAUCUCGUCACUAGACGUUGUUGGCAGGUGUCAUACAUUGCAUUGCAUAUUGAGCAUAAAGUUGUCAAUUAUUAUCGUCGGUGCAAUGCCGGUGUCCUACAUAUAAAACUGUUUGGAAUAAGACAAAACCUGUGUGAAUAAAGAGUUGGU